GCCCGUCGCGUUCGCGGCGGCGGAGGAGAAGAAGGAGGAGGAGCAGCAGCGGAGCGGUUCCGAUGCGAUGGAGGCGAUACCGGUGCCCCCAGCCUCUCCCGCAGCACUGGUGCCGGCUACCGCCGCGGGGCCCGUCGCUGUGACGGGGAAGGAGGCGGUGUCGCCGGCCCCGAGGCACCCGAAGAAGAUCCUGGAUGAGGAGGCCUAUAUCGAGAGCCUAGAGAAAAUCAUCCAGCGAGACUUUUUUCCCGAUGUGGAGAAGCUGCGAGCACAGAAGGACUAUCUGGAGGCUGAGGAAAAUGGUGACUUGGAGAAAAUGAGACAAAUUGCCAUCAAGUUUGGUCCUUCCUUGAACAAAUCGUCGAGGGACACACCUGCACCCUAUGUUACUCCAGCCACGUUUGAAACCCCAGAAGUGCAUCCAGGUGGCCUUCCAGUGGGAAAUAAAUCUAAAGCUGGCAUCAAAACUGCAGAGGAAGGAGAAGCAGAAAAAUAUGAUAAAGAUGCUCUCCCCAGCCUGGACACCUUCUUGGCGAAGCACACGAGUGAGGAUAAUGCUUCCUUUGAGCAGAUCAUGGAAGUAGCCAAAGAGAAGGAGAAGGUCAAGCAUGCCUGGCUGUACAGCGCAGAGGAGGAGUACACCCGGCGACAAAAUGAAAACCUGGCACUUCCUUCAGCUGAGCAGCAAGCUCUGGAGAAUGUGAAAGCUGGACUGGAUACCUGGGAGUACACAGCUCGAAACACCCUCAUGUAUUAUCCAACAGGUGUACCUGAUGAGAGUGAUGUCUUCAAGAAGCCCAGGGAAGUUGUGCAUCGAAACACCCGUUUUGUGAAAGACCCUUUUAGCCAAGCUGUGAGCAAAUCACAGCUCCAACAAGCUGCAGCCCUCAAUGCUCAGUACAAACAGGGCAAAGUGGGACCCGAUGGCAAAGAGCUGAUACCCCAAGAGUCUCCAAAAGUGAAUGGGUAUGGAUUUGUAGCUACCCCCUCUCCUGCCCCAGGUGUGAAUGAGUCGCCUUUUAUGACAUGGGGUGAAAUUGAAAGCACCCCUUUGCAUCUGGAUGGGUCAGAAAGACCAUAUGUGGACAGAACACCUGGACCAGCUUUCAAGAUCCUGGAGCCCGGGCGCCGUGAGAGGUUGGGGCUCAAGAUGGCCAAUGAAGUGGCAGCUAAAAACCGAGCAAAGAAGCAGGAGGCACUUCGAAAAGUGACAGAAAACUUGGCCAGCCUUACUCCAAGAGGACUAAGCCCAGCAAUGUCACCAGCUUUGCAAAGACUUGUGAACAGGACUGCAAGUAAAUACACGGACAAAGCCCUGCGGGCCAGCUACACUCCCUCCCCAGCCCACACAGGAACUCCUGGUUACAAGACCCCAGCCAGUGGGCCUCAGACCCCCCAGAGCACCCCACAGUCUAGGACAGUAUCUCAGACACCAGUAUCUCAGGAUACUACAUCCAUCACGGACAAUUUACUGCAGCUUCCCAAAAGAAGAAGGGCAUCUGAUUUCUUCUGAAUGUUCCAAUCACCACCAAGGUGAUAGUGAUCUGUUUGUGCUCAGUGAAUUGCAGACUGGUUACUGGAAUCUGGGAAGAUAGAGAUAAUUUCUUAAAGAUAUAUUUCUGUUUUUAAGAGAUCUGUGCAUUUAAAUUGGUUUCUGUACAGCUACAUCUGUUUCUUAAGUGGGGUAAGCCUUUUUAAAAGGCUGAACUGGACUUGGCUCUGGCUUGUCAACCUUGUUUGAGUUUGUAGUUUGCAGAAGAGGUGACACAACCAUGUUGUAUAUCGGGGUGUAACACAAUUUUAGAGAGGUUCUCUUUAACUUGAAUUUAAACUGAUGCAGUUCACAAGUUUGAUUAACUUCGUGAUCUUGUUAAAACCAGCAUUCCUUAAGAGGACUCCAUUUCCUGCUUCACUCCUUACACUUUGCAGAAUGGGAUUUGCCUUGCUGCUUUUGCUCAGGCUUUUCUUCUGCAGGUUUUGGACUUGCCCUGUUCUGCAGCUGGCAGAAGGAAGGGAGCAGAUUUGUUUUAUAGCUGCUCUGUGUGUGACUCCAGAGUGUCGAUGAUCACGAUUCAGGGGCCAGAGACAGUUCUGUGUCAUCUACUGGGGUGACAGUGUCACUCUGAGGGACAGAAAUGGUACUUCUGAUAGCCACACUGAGGCUUUUGUUUGGUGUUUUCCUCCCAUUCUUUGAAACUUUUGGGUUUAGUUUUUAUAAUUGGCCAAAAAAAGGAAAAGCAAUUUUAACCAUACACAGCCUGCACUCAGUACUGUGGUUGCUGCAUGUGAGCUGACAUUUGUGGGUGGGAUGAGCUCUUGUGUGGUGUGAUCCAGCCUGGAGAAGCACCUUUAGGAGGAAGCAGGUGUAGCCAGAUGUGUUCACUUCUUGCACCACACCUGAGUACAAGACAGUGUGUGUAACACUUUGCAGUGUUGGCAUUUAUAUGAUGUUUUACUGAGGGCAUGGAAAGUCUUGCCCAGCAACUCAAGGAGUGUCUGCAGCCUUCUCUAAGCUCUGGGGCGUUGGGUGCUGUGUUUGUCUUGGUGAAGAGCUUCCUUUUGUGUGAUUUCCUCUGCCACUUCCAAAACUUGUAUCCCUGACUGUGAAAAACCCUUCCAAGGGACUCAGUUUUUAUAGUGCACCUUGUAAAAAUAAAUUGAUCAACAUGGCAUUGCUAGGAAUCAUGACUCAAAAACUA